UUCUUAAAAUUAAUAUCUAUUGACAGUCUUAUCUUUUUUUCAAUCUUGAAAGGUGUUUAGAACUUAAUAGCAGUUGAUUAGUGAACGGUUGAUUGAAAUUGAGUUAGGGUAAUCGUUUUCAAAGCUGCAUACAAAUGAAAAAUUUCAUAUUGGAGUAAUAGAAUAAACUAGCUAGAUCAAAUCCAAAAGAAAAUAAAGUAAGAGAAAAGAAAAAGAAAAGAAAAAGAAAAGAAAUCAAAUUGAAUUAACUAACCGAAUAAAUAAACAAAUAAACAAAUAAAGAAAUAAAUAUUGUGUUUUAUAAUAAUGGGGAUAAAUAUUAGGUUGGCACAAAUUAGUGAUUUGCAGUCAAUGCAAAAUGCAAAUUUACACAAUCUCCCAGAAAAUUAUCAAUAUAAAUAUUACUUAUACCAUUUGCUAUCAUGGCCCCAUAUAUCGUUUGUCGCAACAACCACUUAUUUAAUAGAUUAUGAAAACGAGAAUGAAAACGACUACGAUGAUGAUGUUAGUCAAUUCGAUAUUGAUACUUAUAAAUAUAAAAACCUAAAACUUAAUCAAUUCAGUCAUAAUAAUCCUUCUUAUUCAAAUAAUAAUAACAAAAACGAGAAAAUCGUUGGCUAUGUUUUAGGCAAAAUGGAGGACGAUGCUGAAGCUGAAGAUAAGACACCUCAUGGCCAUAUCACCAGUGUCAGUGUAUUAAGAACCUACAGAAGAAUGGGAAUCGCUGACAAAUUAAUGAGACAAGCAAUGUUUGCAAUGGCCGAAAGUUAUGAUGCUAAAUAUGUCUUUUUACAUGUCAGAAAAUCAAACAGAGCUGCGAUACAUCUAUACAAGAAUACUUUGUCGUUUGAAGUAUUAAAGAUCGAAAAGAGCUAUUAUGCUGACAAAGAAGAUGCAUUUGCAAUGAGAAAAGACUUGGUUUUUAAUGAUGAGUUAUUGCCAUCAAAAUAUCAAAAUGGCCAACUUGAAGAUGAUUUAACAAGUGAUUUAUUAGAUGGAGAAGAAUGGGAAAUAGAUGAUAGUAUAGAAAAAGCUGAAAAUAUUACUGAAAAGCUAGCUGAUGUCAAGAUUUAGCAAUAGGAUAGUAAUAAAAUUUUAACGAAAAUUUAACAAAUUAAUAAAAUUUAAAAAAUUAAUAAAAUUUAAAAAAUUAAUAAAUAGAUUCUUCAGUUUUUACAAUAACAUUUUUUAUUUGUUCUUUUUUUUACUCUUUUAGUAUACGUUACUAUAAGACUAC